GAGCAAAGGGUUUUUCAAACACUUAGCUUUUUCUUUACACUCCUGGCUUCUUAGCAUUGGAUUAUUGACAUUAAGGUGAUUCAACAGCAGACAGAGGAAGCCCCCUCAUCACACAGACACAGCAUCAAUUCCUGUCUGGAAAUGCCUCUGUUUCGAGCUCCAGGUAAACAUGGCGGGGUCAAAGCUGGGCCCCGGAGGAAGAGAAAUAAAGAGUGGAUGGGGAGCUGCAGGAAAACAGAUGAAGACGGCUCUUUGCUGUCGUUGACUCGGCUGUGUCUGCUCAGCCUGGCAGAAAACAUGAAGGAACUGUGGGUGAAGGACUACGCCGACAACUACCUGGAUCACUUCUCAUUCAGAUACAUCAUGGGGCCUUUCAACCUACUGCCGGGUGAGCUGGUGGAGGACCUGACGCUGCUGCUGGGCUCCAGAAGGCAGAUGUCCCGGGCCGCCCUCCACCUCCUUCUGGUCCCCCAGCUCCGAGGCCUUUCUCUGGAGAAGUGUCCUGGCCUGGUCAACUCUGCCCUCUGCGCCCACGUUGCUGCACGUUGCCAGGCUCUGUGGAGUCUGGACCUGUCUGCAGCCCAGCAGCUGUCCUCUAAGGUCCUGUCGGAGACCCUCUGCUGUCUUCCUGUCCUGCGCUCACUCUCCCUGGCCGGUACACCUUGUGACAGAUGUGUAAUCAGGACGAUUGCCCAACGCUGUCGUUUCCUGCGCCAUCUGGACAUAUCCCGCUGUCAUCUCCUCUCCCCGGCUGCACUACUUCCUCUCGGUGGUGGGGCUUCCUUUUCACCCUCUAGCUGUCCCUCUAGGUCACCUGGUUGCCCCUCUACAUCUCCAUCUGUUAGUUCCUCUUCUCCCCCGGCACCCCUGUCUCCUCUCCCCCUCUGCAGUCUGCUGGCUCUGGAUAUUGAUUUUGGGGAACAAGAAGGAGAUCCUGUGGCGGCAGCAGCCUACCUCCUCCUCUCCCUGCCCUACCUGGAGAGAGUGGCCAUGGAGGGUCUUGCACAGGCCUGCUGUCUCAUCCAGGAAAAACAGUUUGGACAGACAGAGGAGUUCACUAACAGAGAAGGAGUUCCCCAGCUGUGGGAUCUAUGGAGGGAGAGGAAGAGUAAGGACAGUUUGAGGAAAAAGAGGGAAGGAGCAGCAGCAGGCGACGAAGAUGAAGAAGAGAGGACAUUGUGGGAAGGGUAUGGUAGUGAAAACGAAGCAGAAACGAGUAGCGAUGAAGGGCUGAGUCGCUCUCAAGCAGAGGCAAAAAGCAGAGAAGGAGUUUUGUCAAGUGAUGAACGCCUGAUCCUACGCCUGAAGGACGUCAAGGGCUUAUCAUGUGACUCUCUGGACAGUUUGAGUCGUGCAUGUCCCGACCUCCGCUCCAUAUCUGUGAACAUCGAUGAUGGUGAAGAUACUAGAGGAAGAAGCCAGGGCUCUCUGUUGGCUGCAGGCCUCCAGGCGUGUUCAGGCCAGCUGCAGAGCCUCACAGUGCGCUACCCAGGCCCUCUGGUGGAGCUCCUUCCUGCCUUGCAAGUUGCAGGCUCCUCUUUGGUCUCUCUCACCCUGGAGGGGGUGAAAACUAACCCUCACACCCCUCUGCUGGAGGUCAUCAAGGCCUGUCCCCGACUCAGAGACCUGCACAUCUCUGCAGAGCCUCCCAGCACACCACAGGAAGAGGAAGAAGAGGAGGAGAAUCAGCGGGAUCUUCCUCAGCUGCCUCACCUCUGCUCUCUCACACUCAAGUAA